AUCUCUGAGUGUCACGCAGCUCCGCCCUAGACGCCACCAUGGGUCAGAUGCUCUCGGAGCCCGUCACCCACAAGGAGACACACAGCCUGGGGUCGGAUGCCUACAGAGUUGGCUCCAGCUGCAUGCAGGGAUGGAGGGUGACCAUGGAAGAUGCUCACACGCAACUCUCCCUGCCCGAUGACCCAUCUGCAGCGUUUUUUGCUGUUUUUGAUGGACAUGGAGGCGAGAAAGUAGCGCAGUAUGCCAGCCGGCACCUGCACAAGGUGGUGGUGCGACGGCCCGAGUACGAGAAGGGGCGCGUCUCGGAGGCGCUCAAACAGGCCUGUCUGGAGAUUGACCGGAUGAUGCUGGCCGACGAGGUGCUGAAGGAUGACCUGGCCGGCACGACGGCCGUCAGCGUUCUCAUCCGCGACGGCACCCUCUACUGCGCGAACGUGGGUGACUCGCGCGCCAUCGCCAGCGUCGGUGGCCAGCUCGAGGUGCUCUCGUUCGACCACAAACCCAACAACAAGACAGAGGUGGAACGGAUCACCGCCGCCGGCGGCUGGGUGGAAGGCAACCGCGUCAACGGCAACCUGGCCCUGUCGCGCGCGCUUGGCGACUUCAUCUUCAAACGGAACGAGGAGAACCCCGAGGAACAGGUGGUGACAGCGUACCCUGACGUGGAGACUCGCAACAUCACCAAGGACUGGGAGUUCAUCGUCAUGGCCUGCGACGGCAUCUGGGACGUGCUGACCAAUCAGGAGGUGCUGGAGUUUGUACGGACCCGGAUCGGCCAGAACAUGGAGCCGGAGGACGUGUGUGAGGAGCUGAUGACCCGCUGCCUGGCGCCCGACUGUCAGAUGGGCGGCCUCGGCUGCGACAACAUGACGGUGGUGCUGAUCUGCCUGACGCCGGGCGGCUCGUACUCUGAGCUGGUGGCUCGCUGCGCUCAGCCGCUGCCGCCGGGCGCCGCCACCGCCGCCGCCGGCGACUCCGACACCGAGGAGGACACCAACUGCCUGCUGUAGCGGGCUGCAGCGGUUCGUAUUGCAGACCAACGCCGGGCCGAAGAGCUGGCAAGCGCCGCAGGACGGACGGCUGGUGAGGGUACACUGCUGGGGAUGGGUGAGCGCCCGACCGGUGUGUCCUAAUCGCUGCGUCUGCGAGAGAGGUGUGAGGGGCCUAUUAGACACGAGGACCAGCGGCCACAAAGCGACGCUUCUGACUGGGAGCGGCCGCCGCCCGGCCGACGCUGGGGCCACGAGUGAGAGUGAGAGGGGUCACCUGAGUGGGUCAACCCCGGACAAAAGGGUCACCCGACUGUCCAUCAGUUGAGGACAGAACCGCGUGGCCAACCGUGAUGCGGCAGAACAGUGUUGAUUGAAGAAAGUGUGCCAGAGUCGUAUAAAUGAAGCUCUAGUCAGCUGGAAAAUUAACGUUACCUGACUAGAUGCGUGCCCGGCUGUUGGAUAACUCAACUGGUGCAUAUUAUUGAUUCAUAAUCGUUCGUUGAUUUGUUAAGUUAUUGUUGGACGUUGUCCGCCAUCCGAGCCGAAGGAGCUGGUUCAGCCCGUGUUCAUUUCGCUGAAAUUUCCGUCGAUAGUCACACAUUGUGCGUUACUCAUGUAGGGUUCAUGUAUCGGGUUUGGCGAGCGACCAACUAUAGUGUUAUUACCGAACUGGGUGGCUCGGGAUGCAAUCAGAUAUAGUUCGAGUUAGCGUUGUGUAUGGAGUUGUACUGGGGAUGGGACCCGUGCGUGCGGGGGGCGCCGAGACCUGACAGUGAGAGCGUUGUUGGGACCGGACCGUCACAGAUUGGCUAAGUUCGUUUUGGGCGGACGAGCGCGCUGCUGAUACCGAACUGUCGGACCGUGAAGGCGCAAUGGGACGGGACCGUCGGACUGUGAGGGCGCCGCUGAGGUCUGACUGAGAGGUUUAUUCAGCCGAGGGUGUUUGCGAGACCGGUAGACCCGUCGGGGCUGAGCGAAGCGUCGCUGGUGGGUGUUACGGUCGGAAUCACGGCGGCUGACCUAGAGCACGGAACAGGUCCAGUCAGCCGUUGUCGGUAUCCGUCGCAACAUGCGCUGGGGAUUCGUCACCGUCCGCAGCGGACCCCCAGAGAUCACAGCGCCGCGUCCUGCCGUGGUGCACAGCGCCGACUGAUGGACACACUGGCGACAUGGCGCCGGUGUGUCGAGUGCUGACCUGUGCGGGUCGAUAGCGCGCCAUCACCUCACCCUCAUAGCGUGGCCGCCCGCGGACCAUAGCGUGGCCGUCCGCGUUCCUAGCGGCGGCCUGGCCCACAUCACAUUCCUCGGAACAACCAUCGGGUGGCGCGCAGGCCGAGCUAUAGCCUAGCCGUGCUGUAGCUGUACCGGAGUACAGCAGUUCGGCUGUUGUCGCCUAUUUUGUCAGUUGUUGAAAUCUAAUGAAGGGUUGAUAAAUGCUAAGUGUGUUAAGAGUGGGAAGCUGAGUGAUCGUACUGAAGAAGCGGCGAAUAUGGCCGGUGAUUUGAGUGAUGCUUGUUCAGGCGUUCCGUGCACAUGCUUGUUCAAUGUGCAGGCUUUCAUUGUAGCAUCAGGAGUAGGAUGAAUGAUUGAAUUAACAUGAGUGAAGUUAGAACAGAAUUAGAGUAGGUAAACGAUGCAUUCUUCAACGACUAUUUUAUUUUAAACAGCCACAUUCAAUGCAGAUACAUCGUGAAUAAACACAGUCUGAUAGAACCGCUGAAAA